AUGAGCUCUCAGAAUACAGCAACGGAACCUUCGUGGACUAUUGGACCUUCAGAACAAGGGAUGAGCGAGAUUCUGCACAUGCAAAAGGACAGCGUGAGGUUCGGCAGGUCAGCCACUCCGGACGGGAAUAAGCGCAAUGAGAUCCUGACGGCACCGACAAUAAUCACACAGCGCCGGGUGUCGCAUUUCCAUCACCGCAUGUCUGUGUACAGCACCACCCGUCCCAUACUCACCAGAUCCUUCUUUCAGGGACGCGUCUAUAACUUUCUGGAGAGACCAUCGGGUUGGAAAUGUUUUGUGUAUCAUUUCACAGUAUUUCUCAUUGUGCUGUCUUGCCUGAUCCUCAGUGUGCUGUCAACCAUUGACGAAUAUCAAUCAUUGGCUAACAGAACACUAUUCUGGGUGGAAUUAGUGCUGGUUGUGUUUUUUGGUGUGGAGUAUGUAGUGCGUCUGUGGUCAGCAGGAUGUCGAAGUAAAUAUGUGGGAAUUCUGGGGAGGCUCCGCUUUGCUCGAAAGCCCAUCUCUGUUAUUGACCUAAUUGUAGUGGUGGCCUCCAUUAUUGUGUUGGCAUUUGGCUCUAAAGGUCAGGUGUUUGCCACCUCUGCUGUCAGAGGAGUGCGUUUCCUCCAAAUCCUACGAAUGCUGCAUGUGGAUCGACAGGGAGGAACAUGGCGAUUGCUUGGAUCAGUGGUCUUUAUACACAGACAGGAACUGAUUACUACGCUCUAUAUUGGAUUCCUGGGGCUCAUCUUCGCAUCCUACUUUGUGUAUCUGGCAGAAAAGGAUGCAGUGGAUGAUAGUGGUAUCACUGAGUUCAGCAGCUAUGCUGAUGCUCUGUGGUGGGGUGUGGUUACAGUAACCACUAUUGGCUAUGGAGACAAGGUCCCACAGACCUGGAUAGGGAAGACCAUCGCAUCAUGUUUCUCUGUCUUCGCCAUUUCUUUUUUUGCCCUGCCUGCUGGAAUCCUUGGCUCUGGUUUUGCUCUGAAGGUACAGCAGAAACAGAGACAAAAACACUUCAACAGGCAAAUCCCUGCAGCUGCGUGUCUGAUACAGGCGUCCUGGAGGUGCUUUGCCCUUGAGAAUGAUGAUUCUGCAACCUUCAAGUUAUUUUUGAAGAGAAAACAUGUGACAUCCAGCACCUCAGUGUCCAGCCCGAAGUUAAAGGUGAAAAUUAAGAGGAAGCUGAAAAGUAAUGAGAGGGACAAUGACCGCGGCUCUCCCACCAUACCCACCAUAACCUAUGAUUCAUUUGAUGAUGGGAAAGACACUAUUCAAGAUCAACAGUCAGAGCGUGAGCAAUCUUGGAACUCUCUGUCCUCUUUUCAGUACUCUCCACAUUCAGUAAAUAAAUCCGCUGGGUUUUUGGAAGUGCAGUCUCGACCUCCCCUCCAGAGGUGCAGUAGCAUUGCAGAUGAAUUGGAGAUUGAUGCAGAGAGAGAUAUUUCACUCCUUCCAGUCACUCAUGUGUCUCAGUUGCGGGAUUCUCACCGCACAGCCAUCCGUGUCAUCCAGAGAAUGCGCUACUUUGUGGCCAAAAAGAAGUUCCAGCAAGCACUUAAGCCGUAUGAUGUCAGAGAUGUAAUUGAGCAGUAUUCUCAGGGUCAUCUCAACCUCAUGGUCCGCAUCAAGGAGCUGCAGAGAAGAUUGGAUCAGUCCUUAGGAAAGCUGUCUCUCUUCCAGACAAGUUCAGAGCGCAUGAGGGACAAAGGCACAAAUACUAUCGGAUCCAGACUCAACAGGAUGGAGGAGAAGAUCACACACGUGGACAGGACCCUCAACCGUAUUGCAGAGUCUCUCAACCUCCUAUUAGUGAAGGAGAGACGGGGUGAUUCAAACAGAGGACAGGAACGUAGUGAGAGCGCCCACAGACCAUCAGCCAGCCUCUGUCUGCAGGGGCCACAGGACAGUCUGACCAGCUAUGAACAGCUAUCUAGCACAAACCUCACUCUCUCCCAUGAGGACAGCUGAGAUUCCACCAAAGUGCCAACAAAUCACAAAGUGCCUGGAAUUGGGACUGAUUUAGCUUGUUUAAAAAGAGAUCAUAGUUUGAGGUAGAGGAAUGUGUGACGAGGUUCUGGGUUGGCAGAAUUUUUUUAUGUUCAUUGUUUUUUUUGUAGAACAGCUGGAUUUCUUUUAAAGAAUAUAGACAUGUAUAAUAUGUACUGUAUACACGUAGAAUACAGUUACGUAAGAAUUAACUUUGCCUUUUAAAAUAGAGGAUUUUUUCGUUAGCUUUUUAAAGAAGAGUAAGUGUUACCAUGCCUUUUGUGAACAUUUUGUUGUUUUC